AUGUCAAGUGACAUCAGACAGUACAUAGAAUCUUGUGACAUAUGCCAGAAGUUUUGUGACAAGCAUUCUCCUGAACCACUCUACAUGCAUGAAAUUCCUGAUCACCCCUGGGAAAAAGUUGGAAGUGAUAUCUUCACCAUAGAAGGAAGAAACUACUUGGUAACCACCGACUACUACAGCAACUUCUUCGAGUUAGACUUCCUACCUGACACUACCUCAGAAACAGUGCUCCACAAACUGAAGCAUCACUUUGCCCGCCAUGGCAUUCCUCGCGUCAUCAUCAGUGAUGGCGGUCCACAAUUCACAAGUGAGAAGUUUAAGACAUUUUGUGAAACAUGGGGCCUUGCUCACGAGCUAUCCAGUCCCGGGAACAGCAAGGCGAAUGGAGCCGCAGAAGCUGCUGUGAAAGUCGCUAGCGAAUGA